AUGGAUGAUGCGAAGCCUGUGACGACCCCGAUGAACACCGGAGAGAAGCUGACCAAGGAACCAACACCGAAACCCGAAGAAGCGGAGCAGCUCAAGAAAAUCCCCUAUCAGGAAGCCGUCAGAAGCCUGAUGUACCUCGCACAGUGUACCCGACCGGACAUCCUGUUUGCCGUCAACAAGCUGAGCAGAUUCAACACCAAUCCCUCUCUCAAACACUGGGAGGCCGUUAAACAUCUACUGAGGUACCUGAAUGGAACUGCGGAAUACAAGCUGCGGUAUACGAGGCAAGGCGAAUCGAAACUCAUCGGUUACUCCGACGCAGAUUGGGCGGCAGAUCUCGACGAUAGGAAAUCCACAAGCGGAUACAUUUUCCUAUUACAAGGCGGAACCGUGUCCUGGUGCUGUAAGCGUCAAACUACGGUGGCACUCUCGACCUGCGAAGCUGAAUAUAUGGCACUUUCAGCUGCCGUACAAGAAGCCUGUUGGUGGUCCGGACUUUUGUCUCAGUUCGAUUAA